CAGUACGCUGCUCUAGUUGGACCACGUUUUCUGUAAAUCUGAGGCAAAUAGACUUUUCUCAGUAAUAAUGAAUCAGCGGUGAUGCUCGGGACGGUGAGGGAGGAGACCGAUGGGCUCAGUGGCAGCAUCUCAUUGUUCCUGUCCUCAAUGUCCGCUGUGAUUUCAUUUGUGUUCCUCUCUGGCGUGUGGCUGUUUCGGUCUAAUAUGUGUUAGUGAGCCAUAACGUCCCAUUAAGUCAAGCGUUAGAACGCGAGGCUGCGGUGACGUAUGUGUUAAUCUCUGUCAGCCAGUCACAGCACCCGUGCACGUCCCCUGGGAGCGACUCUGUCUCUUCGGCUCAGCCCUUCCAGCUCACAGCAGCCCACUGCGCCUGCAGACGCCAUGCCUGUUGCUCUGCUCCUUCUGCUGCUUCUGCCAGGUAAGAUUCUCCUGCUGGUCCCGUUUGCGCCGACCUCGUUGCCUUGGGAACCUGUUUGUGUCUGUGCAGCCGUGUGUCCAGGUGUGGCCGCCUCCACGCAGGUGUGCAGCUACCAGGACGUCCUGGAGCACCUGAACCUGACGGCAGACAGCAGCGCGUUCAGGCUGACCCGGCCCGUUCUGGACCACAGGCGUCCCACCGUGGUGCAGCUGGACAUCAUCCUCUCUGCCAUCCUGGCCGUGACUGAGAAAACACAGACGUUCAUUCCCUUCGUCUGGACUUUAAUGACGUGGACCAACGAGCGUAUUUCAUGGGACCCUGAGCGAUUCUGUGGGAUCAGGGAGCUGUCGGUGCCUAAGUCGCUGCUGUGGAAACCAGACCUCUUCAUCUACGAGAUGAUACACAAACAUGAAACGGCUACGACGCCGUACUACUUCAUGAGCUACAAUGGGAACGUCUACUCUGAACAAGUCAUGAAGUUGGUCAGCACCUGUCAAAUGGACCUGCACAAGUUCCCCUUUGACACGCAGCGAUGCAACAUCACCGUUGGUUCUGCCAUUCACUGUGGUGAGUGUGUGUGUCUGCAUUUCAGCCCGUUGACCCUCCGUCGCUCACGUGUUUUCCUCCUCCACUCAGUUAAGGAAAUGCGCUUCAUCCCUUUCUCCAACUCGACUCGGGCCACGCAGUUCUCCAGAGAGGUGAUGCUGACUCAGGGAGACUGGGAUUUCCUCCAGCUCAUGGUCACCAGCAGGAAUUUCUCCUUCAAGGACCAACAGUGGGAGCAAAUUAUUUACACUUUCACCAUGAAGAGGAGACCUCUCCUCCACAUCAUCAACUUCCUGCUGCCCGUCCUGUUCUUCCUCUUUCUGGAUCUCGCCUCCUUCUUCAUCUCAGACCAUCGAGGGGAGAAACUGGGCUUCAAGGUCACCGUGCUGCUGGCCAUGUCCGUCCUGCUCCUCAUCCUGAACGACAUCCUGCCCUCCACGUCCAACAAGACUCCACUCAUAGCGACCUACUGCAUCGUGAUCUUUGGGCUCAUGCUGCUCAGUCUGCUGGAGGCCAUCUUGGUUACGUAUCUGGUAGACCUGGCGCCCCCAGAGAGUGUCGGUUUGAAGGAGGACAAACAGGAAGAGGCCAAAGCGGAUGCGUGGGACGGAGAGGACAGACAGACCUCCUCCUCCUCCGUCUGCAGAGUGACCACCUGUGAGACCGAGCAGGAGCUGCUGCCGAUGGCUGAGCAGGUCAUCGGCGCCGACUCCCCAGAGUCUCGUGUGACGCUGCUGAUCCUGGAGGAGCUGAGGAAGCUGCAGAACGCUGUGAAGGAGCAGCUCAGCGGCCGAGAGGAGGGAAGGAAAUGCCUGCAGUGGGCCUCAAGGAUCAACAAGGCCUUCUUCAUUUUCUACCUCGCUGCUGUGUCUCUGUUCUUAAGCUUCAUCUUUAUUGAAUGGAUGCGUUAGAAAUGCCCCGUCUUGUCUCUUUGUAUAAUGUCCAGCAAAGCAACAUGCACCCACUAAUAAACAUGUAGUGAACACGUUGA